AUGUUUGUGUGUGGUGGGCUUGAGGGUGACAUUAUAUUGCCGACUGACGAUCGAGGUGUAGCACAGCUUGGACAACCAGCACGUUGGACCAGAGGUGUUGUUCCCUACGACAUGUCAGCCAUUACAGGCUUCUGGCACGAACAAUCUAGACCGGAUCGUGAUUCGUACAUUACCGUCGAUUAUAGUAAUGUUGGAGCCGGACAAGAACACAAUUUUAACAAGUACACAUGGGGAAAAGAUGUAGAAAAUCAAGGAUUCGCCUACGAUUACACAAGUAUCAUGCACUAUGGGGCAACAGCAUUUAGCACCAAUGGAAAGCCGACAAUGAUUCCGAAACAAUCUGGUGCUAAACUGGGUGGUGACGUAUUGACAAAAACCGAUAUUGCUGAAAUACGAAAAUAUUACAAUUGUGGUGCUUAG